GGUUCGCAAAUUCCGAAAGCAGAAACGCUAUGCCGCACUCGUGCCUACGCAACCGGAAGAAGGGCAUUGGGGCCGGAAGUUGCGGUCCGCAGCCGGAAGUCGCGCUCCGCAGCUGGCGGUUUGAGUUCCGCGGCCGUUGUGGCGGUUGCUGCGGCUCUGCACCCAGGAUCCGGAUGGAGGCCGCACGGGAUCCAGGCCCGGGGCUGUGCUGCAAGCCCGGCGGGCGUCUGGACAUGAGCCACGGCUUCGUACAUCACAUCCGCCGGAACCAGAUCGCUCGGGACGACUACGACAAGAAGGUGAAGCAGGCGGCCAAGGAGAAGGCGAGGAGGCGCCACACACCCGCGCCCACUCGGCCCCGCAAGCCAGACCUACAGGUGUACCAGCCGCGCCACCGAGAUGCCUCUGCCCACCUAGUCCAUCCAGACUGUGAGGAGUCCGGUGAAAGCAGCAGUGGUGGCAGCUCUGAGCUGGAGCCUCCUGGCCGCCAGCUCUUCUGUUUAGAAUAUGAGGCGGACAGUGGAGAGGUCACAUCAGUUAUUGUAUAUCAGGAUGAUGAUCCGAGAAGGGUGAGUGAGGAAGUAUCAGCACACACACCUCUGGAUCCAGCCAUGCAAGAGGCCCUCAGAUUGCGCAUCCAGGAAGAGCUUGCAAAGCGCCAGAGGCAACACUGACCGGGCUGAAGGCGUUCAGGCAGGCUUCACUGCACUUGGCAGAAUUUCAUCCAGGGAGCUCACCUCUAGUUUGGGGGUACCAGGACCAGUCUGUAUGAUCUUCAGGGAUCCUUGUCCUCCUUUUCCAAGCUGCUGUAUCCACAAGGGUGUUGCAGGACCACAUCUGGCCUACCUCCAGCAGCCAUCCCUUCUUGUAUAUUGGCUAACAUUCUGGAAUUUUAUAACAGUUUUGACUAACUUGGUGUCUUAAGAGCAGAGACUUCAGGGAGAAGCAGGGCUUAUGAAGCCUUUACCCACAUGCUGCUGUCUUGAUGCGGUCAUUUGCCAGACCCUUUCAUGAGCCAUACCUGUUAUUCUGUGGCUCUUUGAUGUGUGUGUGUGUGUGUGUGUGUGUGUGUGUGUGUGUGUGUGUGCUUUCUUCCACACAUUGUCCCUGGACUGGUCGUCACUUGUCCUUUCUCCUGCCUUUUCGCCAUGGGUAGACUCAUUCCCCCUACCUUCCCAACGUGACUGUCUCUCUACCACUCAGGAAUUUGGAAGUGGGGCUUCCGGGAGCCUGCCUUCCUCACAAGUUCUCCAAGUAAUUCUGAUGCCAAUAAAACAGGAGAACUUUGGUUUUUGAGGCCUAUUUGGAAACAUCUCUCUUUCCCUUCCACAGCUUCCCCAGCCGCCCACAUGCAGCCCUGCUUGGCACUAUGUAGAAAAUGUACGGGAGACCUAGGGAGGCGAUGACGACCAGCUAAGCUUCAAUCAUCUGUUGAAAAACCUGCCUGCUGGGAAUGGUGGCACACAUCUUUAAUCCCAGCACUCAGGAAAUAGAAG